CAAGAAGAACGCGAUGUCUAUUAUGAUAGUCGAGCAGCGACGCAGCGGGAGUACCGGAGACGCGGAAGCACCCUUCAAUCUUACUAUUCCCAACAUCCUGAGCUUCUGCCACAAUUGCCCUUCACAUUCAGACAUGGCUUCAAGAGAUGGAAGCUCGCGGGCUAUAUCGCGUUGAUGAUCUUCGAUGCUUGCAUCGUGCCCAUCUUGCUAUACUAUGCUCUGACGUUUGGAGGCAAUGUUCAGGGCUGGAUCACAUUCGCUGUCAUCACAGCUAUUUGGGGUGGACCUACAUAUGUUGAGUUCGCAGUCCGAUCUCUGCGAUUGAUCAAGAAAGAAAAUUUCUUUAAGCCGCUGGGGGCUGACCAGAGAUGGGCUUUCGAUAUCACGAAUUGGAUGUUGGUGCUUACGAUUGCGGUCGUCACGUCACUCCUGAUCGUUGGCGCUGCCCCUCAUAUCGUGUUUCUGAGAGUACUUUCAAUGCCGGGGCCUGCUAUUUUGUAUUGUCUAUCAGGUCCCAUCUUCCUAAUGAGUCUUUACAGUGCAUGUGGAUGGAGGGCUCCUUUUCGGAUCAGCUCCACUGCCAAAGGCGAGAAGAUGUUGCCAGGUAUCUACUACAUUGCUGAGGACAUCGUGGCCGUCAAUGCUGGAGGUGGCCGGCCCUUCCGGGAAGGUUGGGCUGCAAGAUAUAAUGCAAGUCCGAUCUUCCGAAAGAUGCUCAGGGAUCUGUCGUGGUUUUGGUCUAUCCCUGGGCUGUUCGUUGCAGUUGCAUGUACAGUUGUUGUUGUCAUCAAUCCUGUUCCGGAGCCUGUUUCAUAUGGUAUUGGAUGGGGCGUUCCUUUCUUAUGGGCAGGUAUCUGGGCUGCCAUUACUGUACCAUGGGUACGAUCAACAAUGGGAAAGGAGAGAAGGGGCUGGGAAGAG